AUGAGAGUCAAGCAGACACCGAUGGGGACAAAGUCUUUACCCAUUGUUGCUGUUUCUGUCUGGAACAUCGACAUUCCUCAGACAUUUAUAGGAUAUUCACUUAGUGAUUCCUACUUCAGGAUGGACGUUGCAGACACCAGCGUAGAUCUUUGGAUAAGAUGCCUAGGAAACGACUCUUUGCUCCAGCCUCUAUGGGAUAGCAUAAGACUUAAUUACACAGAUUACUUGAGAUCUCCUCUGUUUCCUAUUGUUCUGACUGUGUCUUCCUACUUUGUCCUGUGCAUUCCUUUUCUUGUUUGUGACAUCAUGGGAGAAAGAUGGGCCUGGGUCCAGCAAUUCAAGAUCCAACCUAGCCGUCGUCCUACAGCCUCUACACUGCUGCACUGUGCAGGGGUCACCUUGUACAACCAUGUGUUUAUUGUGCUCCCAGCAUCAGUGGCCCAGUGGACAUGGAGGCCCCCUGUUGAUCUGCCAGAACAGGCUCCCUCCCUGCUGGAGCUAAUUGCUGGGUUGAUAAGCAACCUCCUGCACUUCCAAUACUUCAUCUGGCACCUGCUCCAUCACAGGAUCCACUGGCUGUAUGCAACUUUCCAUGCAAUCCAUCAUGAAUACUCAUCUCCCUUUGCUCAGUGCCUGGGUGGCUGGAAGCUGGUCACAGUGGGCUUUUGGACCACUCUGAAUCCUGUGAUCCUGAGAAGCCACAUGCUCACUACAUGGGUCUUCAUGGUUGUGCAUGUCUACGUUUCGAUUGAGGAUCACUGUGGCUAUGAUUUCCCUUGGUCCACAUCCCACCUUAUACCGUUCGGCAUUUAUGGAGGGCCCAGCAAACAUGAUGUGCACCAUCAGAAACCCAACACCAAUUUCGCACCUCACUUUAGUCACUGGGAUAGGAUAUUUGGUACGCAUGCUGAUUUCAGCUUCUCUACUGCUAUAAAGUAA